UACAGGAUUUAACUUUAUGAAUUUAAUAAUUCUAAGUGGACCAAAUUACCAAGAAUAUACUGAAAAAUUUGAGCGGUAUUAUCGCCUUAUGAAAAACGAAUUAUUUGAACUAGAAAAGGAAAGUACAACGGAUAUAAUGGAAGUAUAUGAAUAUUUGAUUGGACAUGAAUAUACGAAUGACUUUAGAAAUUUGUGUAAGCAUGGGGUAUCACGAACAUUAACAAAAUACUCAAAAUGUAGAUACCAAACGAACAAUUUAUUUUACCGAAUAUUGAUGCCCUUUAAAGAAGAAGAUAUUAAUAGUGAGCCUCUCAUUAAAAUAUAUCAUGAUGUAUUAUAUGAUGACGAAAUCUUGAAAAUUAAAACGUUGGCUUUAGAAAACAUGAAUGAUGCACACGUCAAAUCAGUUGAUGGCAAAGAUGAUGUAUUAGAAGAAAAAACUCGCUCAGGUCAAGUCUACUGGAUUUCCGAAGUCGAUGCUGUUGAAUAUUUUGAUGCACUAAAUACUCGUAUUGAAUCUUUUACCGGAUUUUCUACAAAGACAGCUGAGCAAUAUCAAAUAGUUAAUUAUGGUUUGGGUGGUCAUUAUUUACCGCAUCAUGAUUCGUUUGCAAAAGGAACUGAAAAUGUUGAAUUUGGUAACAGAUUAGUAACUGUAUUAUUUUAUUUGACUGAUGUUCAAAACGAUGGUUAUACGUCAUUUCCUCUGCUAAAUAUUAAUGCUCCUGUUGAUAAAGGAGCUGCGUUGGUUUGGAAUAAUUUGCAUAUGUCCAAUGGACAAUUAUUCUAUGAAUCACUUCAUGGAUCAUGUCCUUUAUUGAAAGGAAAUAAAUGGAUUAUGACUAAAUGGCUGUACGAAGAAGGACAACAUUUGCCUUAUAAUUGGAAAAAUAAAUAAAAAUGUGUACAAAUAAUAUAAUAUACGAUGAAAUAACAAUUUUUUGUGAACACAGUAAUAAAAUAUCUCUUGAGCAAUCUA